ACUUGAUCCAGGAGCACUCCAACUAACACGAUCACCAAAACGUCGCCUCAUCGAGACCAGUGAAUGCCGUGGUUCCAUCAACGUGGCUGUCUUGGACGUGGCAGUGAAGCUUCUUCUACGGACGAGCCACCGUACGUGCCCUGACAGCGUCAUGGACCUUACGUGCCCAGAAUCGCCGUCAGUACUGGCAUCCGCUUCGUCUCCCACGUCGGACGAUCUGGAGAAGCUCAAAGCGGCGCAUGCAGACACCCUGCGUCGAGCUGAAGAAGAAAGCAGGCAAUCGCACAUCUAUCUCCAGGCGCUCUUUGCCGAGCGCAAGGCGCUCGCAGCACAGAAUCUGGAUCUACAGAAGCAGCUUGACGCUUCGCAGAAGGGCUUGGAGUCCGAAGUGGAAGGCCGCAAAUUAGACGUAGCCAGUCUAAGAGCCGAGGCUGACCAAUGGCGUGCUGCUCAUAAGGCCCUUCAGCAAGAGACCACUUCGCUUCGGGCCGCAUACGACAGAGACAAGGAGCGAUGGAACAGAUUCAAACAUUGGUGGGAUGAUAAGAUUCAAGAACGCCGGUCCACAUCUGGUAAAAAGAGCAAGCUCAGUGGAGAGGAACGAGCCAUGUUACAAGGUCUCGACCUGACAGACUCACCUGCGAAAGCAGCCGCUAUAUCCAGCGAGGCCGCAGCCAUUCCUUCGCCUGUGGCUAUCCCGUCAAAGCUUGCCCCCUCACCUGCGCAAGAGACUUACACUCUGGCCUCGGGGGAGCCGAAAAAUCGACCAGACCAUCUCAACUCUGCCGCGCUGCUGCCUCUACCGACAGCGCGUACCUCCACCCGCCGCCUUCGUACCGACGCCGCAGAGGCGAGCGAGCGCGUCCAGGAUUGGCUACAGAUGGUUGAUGCUCGCAGCACGAUGCUGGACAACGUGCGAAGGCGCGAAGGGGCGGCGAGAGAAAGUCAAUCUUUGAGUGCCGCGAUGGUCCCUUACGAGCCUUCAACCGGGGAAGGAGGCGAACCAACGCGGUCGGCAGGUGGGCAUUCCCAGCGCAAGCGGAGACGUAUCACCCUUCCGGGCAGCCUGGACGAAGCAGUAGUAUGCCGAAGUCCAUUCGGCCCAUCAACGUCGUCCGACACGCUACUCCAGCGCGGAGAAAAAGCACGGUCGGCCACACCUCCAGAGCGGUGCCCAAGCGGUCUCGAAGUCCAGCCCACCAUCAAGGUCGAGUCAGAUGACGAUGCACAAAGACUGGUAGCCAGAGCGAGACUCGCUACAGCUCACGACGAGCACCGCUCUGAGAUGGAGAGUCGGGAAGAUGCUAUCCAGCGACGCCGCAAGAAGGACAUGGAAGACCUGCGUAAGAAUCCUUGGAAGUACCGCGGGCAUGGCAGAUACGCCGAUGAGUUGAGAAGGAAGAAUGCCCUGACCACAGACUACGAGCUCAUACCGGAACUCAAUGGCGGAGCCACGUACGAGCAUGUGGACGUGAUUCGUGAUCGAAGGAUCAGAAGACAGAUGCAUGCACACGGAUGCCCCUGUUGCAAGGAUUAUUGGGACUUGGUGGGACCGUCCGUUAGUAGUCCAGUCGCGGGAGGCAUCACAAUUGCCCGCAAAGCUGUUGUUUCAACGUCAACCGCUGCCAGUCCAAUCUCAGAUGCCCAUCCGGCCCCUCGCGACAGCGGAUAUAGCCGUGUGCAUAUCUCUAAGGCGGACGCUGGCUUUCAGGAGCGCCAGUCCGAACGGGCUCGCUUGAUUGCCCUCGACGAGGAAGAAAGAGAGCAAGCACGUCUGGCAGAUGAGAGACGUCAGCGAGCCGGCAAGCACCGAGCUUGGGGUCAGCCGCCUCCUACUCCCGAGGGAUAUUGGGACAUCGGGUUUCCUGACACGCCACGAAAGAAGGCUAUCAAUGACAGUGCCAAGAAACAGGCGGCAGAGAAGGAGUGGCAAGUGCAGCGGGACAAGCGAUACCGCAAACGCAGACCAGAUGAAGGGGCGUAACAGCCGUAGGGGACACUUGUCAUCUGGACUGGACGCCAACGGCUCAGUGAAGAUCUUGUAGCAGCC